UUGCCAGAUGCCAAAGGUUCCAUCCGAGAGAUCAUCCUGCCCAAAGGCCUCGAUUUGGACCGUCCCAAGCGGACCCGCACCUCCUUCACGGCCGAGCAGCUCUACCGCCUGGAGAUGGAGUUCCAGCGGUGCCAGUACGUGGUGGGGCGGGAGCGCACCGAGCUGGCCCGGCAGCUCAACCUCUCCGAGACUCAGGUACCACCGGGACCGGCCCUGCUCGGGCUGCGAAAUGCCGCGUCUCCCGUAUUCCGGCGGCUCCGCGGCCCUGCGCGCCAUUUUGCGCGCCCGCGCAG